CUGUUAAAGAUGAGUAAAAUUACGCUGAAAUAUAACGAAAGAGGUUUUAUCAACAGUAAAAGUAGAAGACAGUCCCAAGAACCAGACUUUGAAGAGUUCGAAGAAGAACAAAUACCUAAGAUUAACAUGUUCCCUGAAGGAUUGAUGAAGAGGAAGCCAUCCAUUAGAGAUUGAUCUUUAUUCUCAGAACCAUACAACAACCAAUGGAAGCUUAAGCUGCGAUUCAAGAAAGAAGAUCCGUUUUGAGAGUUUGGAAGUAAAGGGAAACCACGCAAUAAGGUCAGAAAUACCAAGAUGAAACCUAAUAGUAUGAGCCCAGAAUGUAGAGGAGUUAAAAAGGAAAGCUGUUUUACUAAUGAGGCAAAAUAAGUUAAAAGAGAAUCAACAUCCGAAAGAUAGAAUGAGGAUUAUCUCAAUAGGAAACAAUUGCAUUAUGCCUAAGGUCUUGGUAUGAGCAAAGAAUAGAAGUUUCGCAGUAUGCCAGCCAGAUCAAUAUGACACCAUGCAUAACUGUGGUGGAAAACCAAAAUGCUUUAAUAAAGCAUCUCCUGCCUUAGAGUCCCAUGAUUCAAAUAUUCCUUCAAAAAGAGGAACACCAUAUUUCAAGAAUCCUAAAAUUGAGCCACCUUAUCCAAGAAAGGGGAUAUUUUCAAAAUAAGGCUAGCACUUCUCUGCGUGAAAUAAAUUAUUCAGAUAAUCGUGAAAAUCAGUUUCACAUUUUAAGAGCCUUAAGAUCAGCCCUUAAUAUGCAAAAGCACACUAACAGUAUACAUAACAGAAGUAUUAUCAACCCAAAGCCUCAUGAGAAUAUACAGAGAGGAUAUUUAUAAG